AGAACAGAACAUUGCACGGCAUCGCUCCCGCGCCACCCGAGAGCAUUGUGCUAGCUAGUGAGGGAGGAAGCUAGUGUUGGUGGCAAUGGCGGGGGCACCUUUGGUUUUGGUGAUGCUCGUGGCCGCGGUUGGUGUCGUCGCAGCGGAGCGGGGCGGCGGGAAGCUGCGGCAGGGGUACUACGAGCAGAGCUGCCCGCGGGCGGAGCAGAUCGUGAAGGACUACGUUGAGCGGCAGAUACCCCUGGAGCCCUCCGUCGCCGCCACUCUCAUCCGCACCCACUUCCACGACUGCUUCGUCAGGGGGUGCGACGCGUCGGUGCUGCUGAACGCGACAACCGGCGGCGGGGAGGCGGAGAAGGACGCGGCGCCCAACCUGACGCUGCGCGGCUUCGACUUCCUGGACCACGUCAAGGCUCUGGUCGAGCAGGAGUGCCCCGGCGUCGUCUCUUGUGCCGACGUCCUCGCGCUCGCAUCACGCGACGCCGUCGGAGUCAUCGGCGGGCCGUUCUGGCGUGUGCCGACGGGGCGGCGAGACGGCAGGGUGUCGAUCAAGCAGGAGGCGCUGGACCAGCUCCCGGCGCCCACCAUGAACUUCACCGACCUCCUCGCCUCCUUCCGCGCCAAGGGCCUCGGCGUCGCCGACCUCGUCUGGCUCUCAGGGGCGCACACCAUCGGCAUCUCGCACUGCAACUCCUUCAGCGAGCGGCUAUACAACUUCACCGGCCGCAGUGGGCCAGGCGACGCAGACCCAUCGUUGGACGCCGAGUAUGCGGCCAACCUCCGUCGAACCAAUUGCACCACUCCCACGGAUAACACCACCAUCGUGGAGAUGGACCCUGGGAGCUUCCUCACCUUUGACCUCAGCUACUACCACGGCCUGCUCAAGUACCAGGGACUAUUCCAGUCCGAUGCCGCGCUCAUCACCGACGACGCGGCGAGGGCUGACGUCGAGAGCGUGGCCAAGAGCCCGCCAGAGGUGUUCUUCCAGGUGUUCGCGCGGUCCAUGAUGAGAAUGGGCAUGAUAGAAGUCAAGACCGGCAGUGACGGAGAGAUCAGGCGGCAUUGUGCCGUGGUCAACAACUAGUGGCAUGUCAUGCGUCCUUGGUGGCACAUGGACGCGUGAUUGUGUUUGUAUGUUUAGUUACAUUUUCUUUUCCAUUUUUGUGUAUGGGUUUUGCUUAUUGUAUCUCUUUUAUAAGGUGUUUUUUAGUUCUAGUCAGGCGUGCAGGGGGAAGAACAAUCUAGGCAUCUGGCGGCCGGCUCAAGUUCGUCGCCUAGCUCAUCACGAAGAAUCACUCACCUUGGUCA